GUGACAGUUUAGCUGCAGCGACUUCAAGGCACGUGUUGGCUUUCCUCAAUCUACAUUUUGAUUGUCUCUUGUCUCGCUGGCAGUGGCUGUUAUACAGGAGCAUCUAGCAGAGCCUUCUCUAAUUAUUCUUACAUUGUUGAUCCUUCAGUUGRUCUUCUCUCUGUGUGUGUGUGUGCGCGCGUCUGUGAAUUUAAUUUGGCCAGAAAAGCUAUUAUCACUGGAGAUCGCUUACAUCGAAUAACUAUAAAUCAGACAUCAUGUGUGACGAACUAACAAAGGAGCAAAUUGCACUGCUGCGCAAUGCCUUCAAUGCAUUUGAUCCCGAGAAGAAUGGAUACAUCAAUACGGCGAUGGUGGGCACCAUCCUGAGCAUGUUGGGCCACCAGCUGGACGAUGCCACGUUAGCCGAGAUCAUUGCCGAGGUGGACGAGGAUGGCUCGGGUCAGAUUGAGUUCGAGGAAUUCACGACCUUGGCAGCCCGUUUCCUCGUUGAGGAAGAUGCCGAGGCAAUGAUGGCCGAGCUGAAGGAGGCCUUCCGGUUGUACGACAAGGAGGGCAACGGCUACAUCACCACCGGAGUUCUGCGUGAAAUUCUGCGCGAAUUGGAUGACAAGCUGACAAACGAUGACCUGGACAUGAUGAUUGAGGAAAUUGAUUCUGAUGGCUCCGGCACUGUUGACUUCGAUGAAUUCAUGGAAGUUAUGACAGGCGGCGAUGAUUAGGGUGAAGAUGAUGAACUGCUCACGGAGUUAAAUAAAUUUAUAUAUUUACAAUUAGUUGUAUCGGCUACAGUUUGAAAUCUGU